AUGUUAGAUGAAAUUCAUAGACAAGAACGUGAAGAGCUAGAGAACAAGCUUGAAGCAAAAGACAAAAACAUUCAGAAAAGAAUACCACGUUCGGUACCAAAAGGAAAGGAAAAGAACUAUAAGUAUAUGAUUUAUACUGAAGAGAUGGAAAAUGAAGAAGAUAAAGAUAUGGUUAUGUUGCAUUUAGUCAGAAGAAACAACAAAAGCUUUUACGACCUUGCUAAGAUUUACAAAUCUGACAGAAAUUGGUUCUAUCGCGAAAACUUACCGAUUUCAAUGACCCCAAAUGAAGAUGUGAAACAAAUAGUUCAAGAUACGUUACCUCAAACACACUAUGAUAUGAAAGGUUGUACAAUACUUACAUUCAAAGAAGAUUUGCCAUUGUUAAAGGAAAAAAUAACAGAGUAUUUUGACAACUUCAAACAAGUAGAGUAG